UCCGGCUGCAUGCGCACUGGCGAUGACAUUUGGAGCGUAUGGUCUAACAUUCCCCAACAAGGUAGAUUUGCGCCAUUUUACCCCCUGGGAUUAAUAUUCUGUUGCCGUGGUCUCGUCAAUCAAAUCUUCUCGUGAGAUGAUCUGCAGGUAAGGAAUCGAGGAGGAGAGAAAAGAAAUUCAGCAUGAACCGCUUUCACGAGGCUGCACGAGAUGGCCACUUGGAUUCACUGCGAGAUGCGACUCGGCGCGAAGCCAACAAACCAGACGAUACGGGCCGAACACCAACAUUAUGGGCGGCAUAUCAGGGCAACACAGACGCACUACGUAUACUCGUUUCUAGAGGGGGCAACCCAGAUGUGUGCGACAUUCAGGGCCACACCGCUCUGCACUACACUGCCCUCUCUGGCCACGUCAACACCGCUACCUUCCUGGUGUCCUUCGGGUGUAAUGUCUGGGCCCUGACCAACGACCACCGGACCGCCCGGGAUCUGGCCGCCGAGAACAACCACAAAGCCUGCUUGACCCUCUUGGACGAGGUGAUGGCUGAGCAGUCGGCCAAGAACCGGAAAGAGGUCAAGAAACUAAAGGAGAAGGCCAUGGGCGAUGCCGACAAGCGAGCCAAGAAGCUGCAAAAGAUGCAGGCGGAACACACAAAGUGGCAAAAGAAGGAGGAGAAGAAAGAAGCCAAGCAGAGCGGUUUGUACAAGAAGAAAGCUGGUGGGAAGAAGGAAGGAUCUAGCCCAGCGGUUAGAAGGCCGCAUCGAAACAGCACCGGGGCGAUGUUCUCAGAGAUCACUUCCUCCAACAAUAGGGGGCGCUCCAAAUCGUCACUGGUCCCCGGGGCCCAACACUCCGAGGACAGCCUCAGCAGGUCGACCGCAGACUCUAGGUCCAACGCCAGCGACCGCAACGACGACAACAGUAGUGACGAGGACGAGGCCAAACGGCCCGAUAUUCGGGAGCAGGGCUUCUGGCAGCCGUUUGCCGGCUCCAACAUCGCCUCAACUGUUCAGAGUUUACCGUCUAGGAAGCCCGGGGAAGCUGAUGUCACACAGGAGGAGGACUUGCUCAACGACGUGGACAUUGACCACGAAUACGGAAAAACCAACGGUGAUCCCAAUGUCCCCAAAAUCUACGUUAGUAAGCCGGACGAUCGCAGACAUUCAUCGACCGAUCAGAACUCGAACGAGCUGGACUGGAAUCCAGACGACCUGGACGACGAUGACGACGACGACGUCGGGCCAAGCACCAGCGAUCUGGAGUUCUUCCUGGCCGUGCAUAACCUACUGGAUUACCUGCCGGUGUUCACCCGCGAGGAAAUUGAUCUCACCGCGCUCAUGCUGCUCCACGACGAUGACUUUGUCAAGCUCGGUCUACCCCUGGGUCCGAGAAGGAAACUGACCGAUGCCAUCUCUCGACGAAGAGAAGCAGUGAACAACCCGGGAGUUAUGAAAGACACUUAUUUUUAGAUAGAAUGACAUAUUCAGUUACAGCCAUCUGCGUCGAUUUUGAUUUUCCGCAGUUGGCUUGGUCUCUGGUGCCAUCUUCAUUUCUGCCCAACUUCAACCAAAUCAAAGUAUUCAAAACUUUGCCGCUUAUUAAAGGAUUUGACGACGAACCUUUAGAGACAGAGUUAGGAGCCUGAACAUCUCCCAAAGCCACUGAGCCGAUGACAUGCAAAACCAAGAUUUGGAAUGGAUUAAGCAAAUUCCAAACAGUAAUGGCUGCCGCCGAACAGCAAAUUGCGCAGCGCACCAAUACUGAAGUCCCGACAGUUAGUUUUUCCAGUGCAUAAUGGGGCCCACAGAUAUUUGCAGCUUCGCUUAUCGACAAUGCAUUAUACGCAGCUACUGAUAAUCAAAAAUGCGAUCAAUCUCUGUUGAUUGGUUCGACUAGCCACUGUCAGUUGUCGUGGAUUACCGAUGUUCUCGAUCCACAAAGCGGCUAUCAGACAAUGAUAGUAAGCCCAGCUUCGCUUCAAGCGUUCUGAGUGUUCUUGGGUAGAGAUGUAGGAGUAAUCAUUGCUAAAUAAGGAUACUGACUCACAUCACCUGCUUCAUUAUUUACCGUCUGUAUCGCACUGGAAAAAGCUAAGUCAAAAUGACAGCAAAGUGUCGAGUGUAUAGAAUUGCUUGGAUCUUUGCUGCCAUUUGUAUUGCAUGAUAUUGUGCGAAUGACCACGCCGGCCAACGGUCUCUGAAGAUAACACAAGCAUCUAGGGGAAACUGGACGUGACCGCUUAGUAACGGCGCAUGCGUUAUUUUUGGCCAAAGGGGAAUAAUUAAGAUACGACCAAUGACGGUAUGUAAACAAAGUGACAACCAUUUAUAAUGGAGAUCGGUAGUUACAAGCCAUAAUGACGAUUUGCUAUACUGGUGGACGCAUGUGCGCAAUUCCAACUAUCCAAUUGUGUGCUAUUCGGGAAAAAUGGAACUGGACUUUCUUUUCUAACUUGGUGCUCGAUACUUCGACGAUUGUCAGAAAGUUCUAGAUUUCUCAAGUGAAGAGGCCCACGCCACACACAACAGAGUAAUUGUAAGAUACAGAACGGUUAAUUAACUGUUAUAGAAUUUCGGGGGUAAAAAGUGAACUCGCAAAUCUUGGGGCAGAACUUCAAAUCACGACAUUUGUCAUAAGCAAUGCCAGGCUGACAUUUUCAAAAGAAAAUACUGUACUACGUUAACAGAUUGUUGAAAUAUUUUAUAUUUUAUCGGAGCAAUUUUUAUCACACAAGUCUAAAUCCAACGCAUGGAGUACCCAAUCGCUCAACCAAUCAUCCGUGCUCGAAUGCUUGUCAUUCUCUUUCAGCCAAUAAACUUGGACAUUUUGAAGGUGUUGUCUGAAAUACAAACAUUCGAAUCGCUCAAGGUUGUAAAUAUUAAUGAGGAGCAGUAAACAGGCAGUGAAUAAGAAAAGGUAAAAUUGCUGGUACAAAUGAUCUCAGUGGUUACCACUUUUCGUGGUUCAAUCAGGAAAUUUAUCGAAGUCUUGAACUGUCAAUUUCAACUUGAAACCACGUCCAUUGCCAGGGCUCCUUUGUAUUGAAACAUGAGAUCGGCGGUUACUAUGUACCCCCGCCACAAAUAAUUGAUAAUGAAUUGUAUUUUGUGUGAAAAUUGCGCAUUUCUCACAAAGACACCGUCAAGUCAGCUCUUUUAAUGUAACACUUGGACAGUCGUUUCUUAUGCUGAAGGCUGCAAAACAGUUUGUGCAAAAGUAAGUCAUUGGAAAUUCUUAUUUAAUUUUUUUCCAACGCAUGGGAAAAUCUGCCUCAUUCCAUAUAACCACACAGGGCUAAUAAUCGCUCACAGUUUCAGCCCUCAUUGAUAAAUUCUGAGGCGACCCCACUGUCUUCUCAUAACGCUGACUGAAAGUCCUGAUUUGUGAAGAGUAACACCACAGAUCCAAUUUUGAUGAGUGAAAAACAGAAGGGGUUCUCCUCUCUCAUGCUGUAACAAGCGACAAAUUACACCCGGUGUGAUACAAUCACAACUCAAGUUUUGUCGCAUGAAAGAGCCAGUCAUUGGUGUUUUGUCACACCCCCCCGCCUUCUCCAACUUUAUUUACUACUACUAAGCAUCGCCACAAGAACAAGUCAUGACCAUCACAAGACCAGACAAGACCUCCAGUAUGAUUGAAAACGCAAGCUGUUCAAACGAACUGCUGUUAUUAAAGCAUAUUGCUUUCAUUGUUCAUUGCGACUAGUCUUGUGAACGGUUUUGUCUGGUCUUAUCUGAGAAUCGUUAUCAGCUGCCUUUCUAAUUGCUAUGCAUGACCUGUUAACAACAUUGUGAGACAGUCAAAAUGAAACAAGUACUUUGAAGUUGAGUUUAUUGAAUUAUUACUGAAUUAAGUACAAAGCUCUUACACCUUUUUGUAGGACCGAUUUUUUUUGAAUGAAUGUUCAUUUCCGACUCGUUUCAUUUACUAUUUUCAAAUAUAGAAAAUUGUUUCAGACUUGGCAGGUCACAUAAAUAGCAGAUGGUUAAUUUGUUAAAACCUGUCUUCUGCAGACAAGAAUUCUGUCGUCUUCUGAUGGUGUUGGUAUAAUUAAACUGCACUUGACAGAAAUGUAAACGUGCAAAAAAUGAA